AAAUAUGUGUCGGCGCGAUUGUUUUGUUUCCUCUCGCUACACGGACAUUUCUCUACAUUCGUUAAGCCUAUUUGCAUUUGUAAGGAUAAUAACUUUGGUACUCAUCUGACCAUUUGGAAAACCACUGGACACAAACUAUGUUAAAUUCAUAAUGCCCUCUUGAGUAUUGUUUACAAGAAUUCAGAAGCAAAGUACGUUGGCUAUUGGACAGAUUGGUCACAUCUCACGAGAAUAUUUUCAACCGUACUGCUAAACUUAGAUCAUUAUUAAUUCAGAACGGCGCAGAGCAGUUGUUGCAGUCAUACGGCCGGAAAAACGCGAUUUGAAUCGCGUAAGAGAAAAAGGUUCGCUCUUUCUUUUUAAAUGAAGCUUCAACGGGGUACAUUCUAAAGUAUAACGGUAAAAAAUGUCUCAUACAUCCUCUUGGAGUUACACUGAUAAUGAAUUCGGUAAGUAAUUCAAAAUAAUUAAACCUGGCUUGUAACCGUCGAUUUUUCUUUGAAUUUUUAUGUAUUGUUAAGAAUUUUAUCCAUGUAUCAUAAGCUAGCGAUUAAACACGACCUACUUUCGUGAAUUCACUGUUAAUCCAAGGGGAACUGACCGAUAUUUCCUUCCGAAUCAAAAUCGUAUCACUUCUGUUGUGAGCAUGAAUUUCUUGGGUAUCUCCCUUAGUCAUCGCUAAAUCUAUUUUCGUCCAUUUAAAGCUGAAAUUUACAUCUGAAGUUCCUUUCUUGAAGAAUCAAUUUUGGAAAGAAGAAAGUCUUUACAUUCUUUUACGUCCAAACUAAUUCCAAAAACAAACAAAGGAGCAAAUAGGAUGUUAAGAUGUAACUUUGAAACGCUAGAACAUCUCGAAAUCGAUUUUCGUUCAUCACAUCCUUUGCUAAAUCGAAGAAGGUUUAAGUUGGGUUUUGUUAUGGUUUUACACCGAAGUUAAAUAUGCGGUUGAAAGUCCAGUCGAAGCUCUCAGUAAGGGGUGUCGCUGUAUUUUAUCAAUAUAUCACUAUUCAAAGCUGGUUUGAACACACUUCAACUAAGAAACACCGCUAGUUUAUAUCACAUACUAAAAAAAAUAGAGCUAUAGCAGUUAUGUUCAAUAACAGAAUGCUAUUUCGAAUUGAAUGCGUGUCGACAAAAAAAUACAUGCUCUCGAAAAUUUAGAGAGUUGACUAGGAAACUAUUAAUGGCGACAUCAGAUGUUUUCUUCCACAUCGGGAGAGCCCUCAUUAUGCUUUCUAAAUCAUGUUUUCCUGCGACUCUUAUAUUUUUACUCAGCAGGAAAAUGUUUUUCAAAACUCCUUUAAAAUCUUUCUCUUUUUCAAUUUGCAUAUGUAUGAACAUAAAUUCGUAAAGGAAGACACCUAACUUCGGUCUGUGGCCUAAACAAUCAAAUAUUAAUCCAUAAGGAAUAAUGCGCUAUUUCAGGUCCUCACACUUGGCAGGAUCGCUACAAAGUCGCCGAAGGUAAUUUGCAGUCUCCGAUUAACAUCGACACCGAAGCAGCGAAAGGAGACACCAUCGUGGAAGCGAUUAAGUUCAAUUACUUGCCCAUGAAGAACAGCACCAUUACUAAUGAUGGACGACAUUUGCAAAUCACAUUAUCAAGAAAUGAUUCAGGUAAAUUUUAAAUCCAUCUUAUCGUAGCCUUGAGCUGAUAUGCAAAUAUAAAACUUACUCCAAAUUAGAAGAACACCAGCCCACAGGAUUAAUAUUGAAAUAUUGUUAUGGCAUAUUGAAAACAUUGAAUUACAUUCGCCGUUUGCGACUAAUUUGCGUAAUUGCAUGUUCUCAGAGGAGUGCACAAAACAUAUAUAUAUAUAUAUGUAUAUACGAGAACUGAACUAAAUCUAAGUGUUUAUUUAUAGCCGUUAUUAUUUUCAUUUUGACACUAUAAUUUUUGUAUUUCUUUUACGCGACCUGCAAGAAGUUAUGUUUCCCGAGGUCAGUCCAAGUCUAUUCUAUCCUGUAGUAAUGAAUAAACUUAUUGUGGCAAUCACACAGCUUCAACAUCAGUAAUGUCAAAUUGAACCGUUCACUUGAAAACUUGCCCCCUCAUUUUCCGAGAGGAAUGAAAGUGCUUUGAGUAGAACACUGUAAUUCUUCGAGAAGUAAUACACAUUAGAUUUAAUGAAGAACCAGAACAAAUCCGAUAUAUAUUCCGUAUGCAUGAUGUUGAUUAUAAAUAAAAUUAUUUAUGCAUUAUCAUUUAAUUUAAUUUCUCUUACCUUCGAUGGUACAUUUUAUAUAUAUAUAUAUAUAUAGGAUUGAAUAAGUUUCUUUGAAUCAUAAACGACCAGGAUUGUAUUGCUAUUACUACGCGUCAGUGGUUAGACUUAUUUCUUAGUUAAGAAGCUCAGAAAAUUUACUGAAAUAUAGUUUUAAAUCGGUGAAUCAAAAAAUCAAGUGCGUUUAAAAUAUAAAUAGCUCUCUCCCUCUUAAUUGAGUUGAUUAAUUGUGAUCUGACGGGCGCAUGCGUAGGAUCUAGUUUCCUUUGAACAGCUUUGACAUUGGAAACAUAACAGCAAGGAACCACGGAUGUAACCUUGGUUUCCACUGAGAAAGUUCGAGAACUCCUCUCAUGAAAUAUUGUGAAAAAAUAAAGCAAUUCUGGUUCGUUUAAUUCCUCCUGAAAAUUGCUUUUGCUCUAAUCAACGCCUGCCUCUGUUUCAAAACCUAAAAAUUACUAUCUUUCGGAAAUGAGAAAAUUGAAGUGUGAAAUAGUGUUCUUUAUGCCGACUUCUUUACAGGUUCAAAUUGAAACAGUUACGAGGGUGUUAUUGAAAAGAGAUAAAUUUACUUCAAUCUGGCAAUCUAAGAAAAAUAUGAAGCUAUUGAAGACGUCUCCCUGUGUGAUUCGCACCAAUAGCAUUCAAUAUCAAAUCGGAAAUGAGUUUCCUCAGUAUUACCCCACCAUGGCACAUGAUGGCCGCCCUUUACAUAUUAUCAACAUUAUAUUUGCCACUGUGUUAGAACGCCCUGAUAUCAAUAAUAGUCAAAACAAUUACGCAGCUUAAAGCAAAGGUAAAUGGUACAGUUCGAGGGGCAGUGUUAACAUUGCCUGGAUUCCAACCUUGAAUGUUGUAUGUUUGGAAAGUUAACAUCUUAACUUUUUUUCCUCUUGUAUCAAGAACUUUUCUUUCUUUACAAAGCCAACCGAGCCGUUAGAUCUUGAUUAGGACGAAGAAAUUUAUUGGAUGGAAAGCCACAACUUGAAUAUUGAAAAACCGCUGCGUUAUUCCAUAUAUUAGGAUACUUCGUCUGCUUCAUUUUUCUCUCGUAAAAGUUUCUCGAGAGUCAGUGAGCCUGCUUUAAAAAGUUUUAUCGAGAUGAUAAAUUUUUUUUUCCGGUGGAAAAGACCCAGCCACAAACUAUGCACGUUAUACCAAAGCUUCUCCCACCACAGUCAGACUUUGAAGGUGUACCAUACGAGAGUUGUGACUAAUUUUGCAGUAGGUAUGCUACUGUAACGUUUUGAGGAAGUUGAAGCAUUUUUCCCUCUUUCUUUAGUUGUAACAGGAGGCCCAUUGACAGACACAUACCAAUUGGCUAUCAUACGCUUCCGCUGGGGUCAUGACAACAACUCCGGAUCGGAACACGCAAUCAAUGAUCAAAAUUAUCCAUUGGAGGUAAUACACUUCACUAUCAAAGAGGAUGCAUCUCUACUUAGUGUUGAUUAUUCUGAGAAGGGUUUUUUAAAUUUACCUCGCUUUCCAUUUCGUCUGCUGUUUUUUUCCUCUCUGGACUUACACUGGAUUUUAAGAGGUAUCUAUAUCUACCGGACUCCGCUGUCUCCUCCUUUGAUUAUUCGCCUUCGACCCUUUUUUUUUGGGUGGUAGGAUAAGUCAUAAUUUUGCAGACUCAUAAGAAUUACACCAGUCGCCAUAUUUUCUUUCCUCUAAACUGUGGCUCAGUGAAAGAGCAUCGGUGCGAGGAAAUCCGAAGGUUUUUCUUUGUCUACCACGUGGCAAGACUAACAACAUCUCUUUCGUGGUACUCUAUUGUGAACAGGUUCAGCUCAUCCAUUGGAACAAAAAGCUGUAUAAAAAUAUUGGUGAAGCUAUGGGAGGAGAAAAUGGCUUAUGUAUCAUAGGACUUCUGUACCAGGUAAGGUUAAGAUUUGUUGAGACGAGUGUUAGAUUUAAGGUGCGAUCCAAGUCUGCUUGAAACAGAAGACCUUGCGCUAACUUGCAAUCAGCUUCUGGUCGAGGGUGCUUAUUGUUCCUCUGAUUCCCGUUUCGUACGUAUGCUAAUUGAUGCUAAUUGUGUUCUAUCACCUUACCGUUCUUUUGUAUAAGUCCACCUUUCAGUUUAUCUGUCUAUCCCAGUGGCGGAUUUAGGGAAGGGACCCAAGGGACACCCCCCUCCUCCCCCCUUAGCUCAAGGUCUGGAUCCGCGACUGUAUCCGUAAGUUAGCUGGUUAGCUGUCUGUCUGUUCGCUUGUCUGUUCACUUGCUUGUCCGCAUGCGCGUCUGUAUGUAUAUCUGACCGUUUGUCUGCCUACAAGUGUCCCCAACUUUUGCGUUAUUUCUUCAACUCGCACGCUUGUUUGUUUGUUUGCAAACUAACCAGCGACCUCCCACAUGAGUCUCCGGACCCCCUGGCGUUAUCAAAAACCUUAAUAAGUCAAUAUCACAAACACGACUUCAUCCUUUGCUAUAAGCACAAAUAUAGGAUACACGGAAUGACGUGAGUUAACCCUAUGUGGUAUUAUUCCAUGGCAGGUGUCAGAUGAUGAAAAUGAGGGCCUAAUGCCAGUUAUAAAAUUGCUGUCUAGAGAGGAAAAUAAGGUAAGAUGAUUUGUAUUCGAUUUUUAAUGGAAUGGCAGUGAGGACCAUUCGAUCUCCCAUCCUGGCGUUCUUCGCCAAAUAAUCGUUUCAUCGUCCAAUGUUCAGCCUGUUAACAACCCACAUAUCGAUACUGUUAUAUUUACAGGGCUGCUUUUCAUUGGAGGUGAAAUCUACCAUCGAUCCAACUUGCUUUAUAAAAGGUUUGCUCAAGUUUCAAAAUGAAAUCUUUAUGUAAACUGAGUCAUACUGAGCAGCUUCAUGAGAAAUCAGAGUUUUAAUCCUUCACUGAUUUCAUUUUUACAAUAAACUAUACAUUAAAAUGAUUCAUAUAUUACUUUUUAAAAGUUUGCUGCGGGUUUUAAUUGAAGUCUAUUAGGUAUACCGGAAACAACCUAAAAAAGGACAGCUCGAAAGGUCGCUGGUUAUUCAUGGCAAUAGAUUAUCUCUACGUCUGACUGAAGGUGGAAAAACACAGUUAAUCUGUUCCACAAUGUACUUUAUGGGAUGGCAUGAUGUUGUGAUUGAAUAGGAUUCUUUUGAUCGAGAGAUUAGAGAGAAUUUGAAAACAAAUAAAUACUUUAUUGAAUGUGACUUAUUGAGCGAAAGACAAACAGAGAGGACUGAACCGACUUUAUUUCUGACUUGUUUACUCACAGCAGACAAUAAAAAUGCAACAAAGGAAUAAAGAUAAAGUUUAUUAAAACUUUGAAAAAAAAAAUUGGCGCAUGCGUAUUUUGGGCGCCGUAUUUUUUCUUUUGCAUCAGCAAUUUCUGAAUACGAAAAUGAUCAUUACAACCUGAUUUCACACUGGUUAUCUUCCUGAUAGAUAUGACAUCAUACUGGACAUAUCAAGGCUCGCUCACGACUCCUCCAAUGAGUGAGAAUGUCACAUGGAUAAUAUCAGAAAAUAUCAUGAAAAUAUCCGAGAAACAGGUCAGUUUAUUGCUUUCUAUGUGAGCGUUUACUUUGUUUAUCAUGACACUGAACGGACGUCGUGAAAAAAUGGCAAGCGAUAAUGCUCAAUAAAGCAUCUUAAAGAUGUCUUUUAUAGUGAUCCAAUCUAAUGCCAUUUAAUUGGCAGGAAGUUCUUUGGUCUGGUAAUAAUGCCUUGGCAUGAGAAUUCAAACACUCUGAGACAAAAAUGGAGCCGCGGGGGUUGGGCCAGUUGUUCUACUCAAAGUAAUCAAAACAUUCCGGUGUAAAACAUUUUGAACAAACAAACUAAUGAGCAAAAGAAACAGAUACCGACCGAAUUUAAAAAAGAACUUGACAGUCCACAGCCAGAUAUAAAGGCAAUGCAAUGAGCUUGCUAAAAUGUAUCCGCUAUCACAAUAGGGUUUGCUACCGAAAUAAAGUUAUGACGAAUUUUUUGAUACCUUGUUAAUUAACCGCCCAGCAUAGAGACAUUUAAACGAAAGGCAAAAUUAAUCUUUUUUGUCGCUCCUGACAGCUAAGUGCGUUUCGUAAUGUUCGCAACAGUUGUGGGGAACUUAUGGCUGGUCACUGCAGACCCCUUUGUCCAUUGAAUGGGCGACCCGUUAGGCUCUGUGUCAUGAAUAACAAUAAAAAUAUCGAGGACCACCAAGAAAAUGAUGACAUUCUCGCUAAGGACUGCGACGAUGACAAAGAAAAUGAGAUUUUAGAUGAGAAUGCGAAUCAUAACUGUGACGAUAAUGGGCCAGAUGGGACAGACAAGGGCUACUUUGAGGACAUCUACAAGUUGGAAGCGAUGGGCGACCAUAUCGACCUGGAGGCGCAUUAGGUAAGACAUUGGUGGUCCAUGCAAAGCUGGGUUUAUCUAUCGAAACAAAACUUGCUGUAAACAUAACCUUGUCAACUACAUGAUAUUCAGAAGAUCCAAUGCAGAUAGAUUCCUAUCAUUUAUAUAUGACAAUAAAUGUUUGUUUAGACAGUCUCAAGGUCAUUAUUAAUAACUAAGAAAGUAACUGAACGUAUCUGAAAGUAACCGUCCCAACCGACUCUGUGAACUAAAGAAUACUAUUAAUAAUGCAAAUAAAGAUGAUACGAGCUUAGUGACUGGUUUCUGUAAAGGAAAGCUCCAC